AUAAACGAGAAGUGUGGAACUCACCGAGAUGCAAAAGGCCAACUGACUUCCAAGGCUGGUACCAUUGAGGCCCUUGAUGCCAUAGUGAAGGAGUUUAUUAGUGCACCAGCUGAAGAAAAAAAAUCUGUAUUUAAAAAGUUGGAGGACGAAGCUGAUAAACUCGAUGGUUCUGCUGCAAGAUAUGGGAAGAUCUAUGUGAAGGCUGCUAAGAGCUGCUUGGACAAAGGCUCUGAUUAUGCCAACAAGGAAAUUUCGAGGUUGGAGCGCAUGCUUGCGAAGUCCAUUAGCGAGGGGAAGAGAGACGAAUUCAUGCUGAAGAAGAACAUCCUAAGAAACUUCGUCUCAGACGAGUGAGACAAUUGGCGUGUUGAUUGAAAUGCCUGGGGAUUGAUUAUGGUUUAGUUUUUGCUACACGUAGAUGACGAAUGGGAUUGAGCUUCCUUGUUUUGGUGUCACCAAAAAGAAGAGCUGCUUGUUUUCUGCAGGAGCAUCAAUGUAACCAAUUAAUUUUAACUUUGUAGUGUUGGGGACUAUUAAGUAUUUGAAUAUUGCUGUUGCUUUUUA